AUGGUGAAUAAUAGGAAUUGUGAUAGCAAUAGUAAUCAGGAAGAUGGGGAUAAGAACCCAUCAGCCAUCUCUAGAGGCGGAGCCACCAGGUCAUGGGGUCCCACUAUUUCCGGCCAAUCUGUGUCCACUAGUGGCAGUGUAGGGUCUCCCUCCAGCCGGAGUGAGGCUGCCAUGCCAACACCAGCUAGUGAUAGUACAUUUGUUCGGUUAAACAAUCUUGACAUACAAGGGGACGAUGCUGGAUCUCAGGAGCCUACUGGGAAGAAGAAGAGAGGUCAACGUGCGGUUGGAGGUGAUAAAAGUGGCCGAGGGCUUCGUCAGUUUAGCAUGAAAGUGUGCGAGAAAGUUGAAAGCAAAGGGAGAACCACAUAUAAUGAGGUAGCAGAUGAACUUGUUGCUGAAUUUACAGAUCCCAGCAACAACGUUGCAACACCAGACCAGCAACAAUAUGACGAGAAGAAUAUACGUCGAAGGGUAUAUGAUGCUCUCAAUGUGCUAAUGGCAAUGGAUAUAAUUUCUAAAGAUAAAAAAGAAAUUCAGUGGAAGGGUUUGCCUAGGACGAGCUUGAGUGACCUUGAAGAACUUAAGACCGAACGUCUUGGACUGAGAAGUAGAAUUGAAAAGAAAGCUGCAUAUCUUGCGGAGCUGGAAGAACAAUACAUUGGUCUUCAGAACCUCAUACAACGUAAUGAGCAACUGUAUGGUUCAGGAAAUGCCCCAAGUGGUGGAGUGGCCUUGCCGUUUAUUUUGGUUCAGACUCGCCCUCAUGCAACUGUGGAGGUGGAAAUAUCAGAAGACAUGCAGCUUGUGCAUUUUGAUUUCAAUAGCACUCCAUUCGAGCUACAUGAUGAUAAUUAUGUUCUCAAGGCCAUGAAUUUUGGCAAGAAAACACCAGCAGAUAGCACAGAACAGAAUAUGCGUAAUGAUGGAGGAGAAAGCUCGAGCAUGGCCAAUAUGUACACACAAUCUCCACAAAUAUCUCAUCCUCAGAGGACAAACUUAUCAGGUAGGGCCCCCACCUCGCCUCCUCUCCCCGGAAUAUUGAAGGCGCGUGUCAAAAACGAGCAUUAG